GGCGGAAUGAGCGUCCUUCCUGCGGCUAACAUGCCAACAUGCUAACCGCGUCCGUCCGCUUCAGAUCCGGUGUGAGAGCAGCAGCAGAGCCUGAGGUUAGCCUAGCGUGCUAGCAGGACGCAGACGGAGCCGGAACCGGAACCGGAACCGGGCCUCACAGCGGGUCGGAGCAGCUUCCAUAGAGACCAAACUGUCUCUCACGGAGACCAAAUGUCCCAAAGUCCAGAAGGAUCCGCGUGAACAGAGUCUGCCAGCGGUUACCAUGACAACGAUCUCCCGCCGCCACAGCGAGCUAAUGCACUUAGCUUAGCUUGCUAGCAGGAAAUAGACGGAGCCGAAGGUGUAACGGAGUGUGUGUGUGGAGGAGCAGCUGCUGUCAAUGAGAGACAAUGUCACACACACUACUGGACGCUGUUCACACUGCAGGUGCAGAUGAGGAUGAAGGUGAUUCAGACGUCCGGCAGCUGUUGGUGAUUAAAGAAGAGCAGGAGUGGAGGGAGGGACCACCAGAGCUGCCACACAUUAAAGAGGAACAGGAGGAACUCUGGACCAGUCAGGAGGGAGAGCAGCUUGGAGGGUUCACAUUCACUCCUCUCCCUGUGAAGACUGAAGAAGACCACGAAGAGAAACCACAGUCUUCACAGCUUCAUCACGCUGAAGAGAACAGAGACUGUGGAGGACCAGAAACCGCCACUGACGACAGUACAUCAGACUCCUCUGAGCCAGAGAGUGACGACAGCUGGGACUGGGAGGACACCAGAGAGCGCCGGUUGCGUGACGAGGAAGGACCUGUGAGGAUUAUGGAGUGUAACACAGGAGACACCUCGUUCAGCUCCUCUGAAUGUGCAAUGAGUUUCGGCUACAGGGUGUACGUGCAGGAGGACAGUGAUGUCCCCACUGAGGAGAAACACUUCAGCUGCUCAAUCUGUGGGAAGAGUUACACCCGGGAGGAAUCGUACAGUGCUCACAUGAGACUGCACUCAGAAGGAGAACAUUUCAGCUGCUCUGUCUGUAAGAAAACCUUCAAACAGAGAGGGAACGUCGUCACGCACAUGAGGAUCCACACGGGAGAGAAACCCUUCAGCUGUCCUUUCUGCGACAAAGGAUUCGCCCGGAGCUCCACUCUGACCUCACACAUACGAGUUCACACGGGAGAGAAACCGUUCAGCUGCUCCGUCUGUAAAGCCAGCUUCAGCGUAGGGAGCAAACUGUCCAAACACAUGAGAAUCCACACGGGGGAGAGACCAUUCAGCUGCUCCGUCUGCGGGAAGACAUUCGCACGAAAGGAACAUCUGACGCAGCACUCAAGUGUCCACACGGGGGAAAAACCCUUCAGUUGCUCAGUGUGCGGGAGGAGAUUUCGAGAUAAGGGAACUCUGACGCGACACUCGACCGUUCACACGGAGGAGAAACCGUUUAGUUGUUCCGUUUGUGGUAAAACGUUUCGCGAAGGAGGGAAUCUGAGCCGCCACCUGAGAGUUCACACGGGAGAGAGACCGUUCAGCUGCAGCGUGUGCGACAGGAGAUUCACUCAGCUGCACAUCUUGAAGAAACACAAAUGUACCGGAGAGAGCAGCGGAGUUCCUCCAGGAAGCUGCGAACAAUUAACACAAAUUCAACCUUGAAUUCUGCGCAGUCUCACAGUUACUGUCCAGUCACUGCAACUUCAGAUAUAAUCAAUCACUGGAACCAGCUGCCUUCCAUCAUUCAAUAUUAAUUUCUGCUGAAGACUUUAGACAGGAAUCCUCUGGAAACCGUCAAUUACUGAGAAACAUCAGCAAUGUGUCGAUUGAUCGUCUGGAAAUAGUUAAUUUAUUGAUCGUCUGUGGCAUCAAGUGUAAAUAAUCAGUGUGUGAAAUAAAAAGUGAGCCCCCACCA